AUGGAGCUUUCCUGCGAGGACUUUGUGGCGGUCAACGUUCCGGCCAACUUUGAACAGCCCGAAGACCUGCAUGAGUACUUCUCACUAAAGGCGCCGCCGAAUACAAGCAUCUGGCGGAAACCUUCAGCGUCGGAUGACACCACUGCACCCAUGAUCCUAAAACGAUUACGCCAGUCCUUCAUUCUCGCGGAAGUAACUGUGUCCGCCGAUUUCGCCAGGGAGUUUGAUCAAGCCGGCAUCGUCAUUUUCGCCGGCUCGCUCCCUGAUCCAUCGAGGCCAUCAACGGCAGCCGCUCGUCGAAUGCCGCGAUAUCAAAGACCGGGGAACGAAGCUUUGGCGACAGGGAAAUGGGCCAAGGCUGGCCUCGAGCUGAUAGAAGGGGAGCUUCAUGCUGCUUCCGUGGUGGCAAUUUCUCCUUGCGGUGCCGACUGGGCCUCUUCAGCACGCUUGCCGUCGCCACCGACACCGUAUGGUUCCUACUCACUCACUUCGCACUCCCUCCGCAUCAAACUCGAGCGCGUCGAGGAGUCUCUUUGGAUUUGGUACAAACUGCCGGAUCAUAUUGCUUCCCUUGAACAGCCACAUUACCCGUAUUCGGACCUGGACCCACGAUACCAACGCGAACGCAAUCCGGAAGACGUUGCAUCUGGUUGGAGGAAGAUGCGUGAGAUCAUGGGCUUCUUUGGUGGUGGGCCGGAACACCAGAAGGGCACGGUCUGGGUCGGAUGUUAUGCAAGCAGACCGAUGGAGUUCGAACCCCGGCACAACUGGGAGACCGUGGAUGGCCUGGUUGCAGAAUUCGAGGAUUUGGACAUCUUAUGA